CCCGGAAACGCCCUUCGGAAGCCAUGUGGCUCAGCUCGGGACGGGGAGUCUGGCGAUAGUCUCCCUCUAUUGGGCGCACGCCAACCCGGCUGUGGCGGCCCCACCCGCGGACCCGUCAGUGCACAGUGGGACGACGACGAUGAAGCGGGUGCUCCUGUUCGUGCUCUUCGGCGCCCUGGCUGCCCUGGCCGCCCGCGACGAGUGCGGGCCGUGCGAUCCCGACGCCUGCCGGACCCCCGACUCGUGCCUGGCCGGCCUGGUGAAGGACGCGUGCGGCUGCUGCAUGGUCUGCGGCCAGCGCGAGGGACACCGUUGCUACCACCGCUCGGUGGCCGGCAGCUGGGAGCACGGCCCCUGCGGAGAGGACCUGGACUGCAGGCCCCGCGCAGACCUGGCCCCCGGAGACCCCGCCGAGGCCCUGUGCGUCUGCAACAAGGCGUGGCCCAUGUGCGGCUCCGACGGCGUCACCUACGACAGCGUCUGCCAGCUCACCGAGGCCCGCUACUCGCGCAGGGACGGGCUCGAGGCCGCUUCCAGGGGACCUUGCAUGGCCGCGCCUCGGGUGGUGACUCCUCCCGAGCACACCCGCAACUACACGGGAGGCCGGGCCGCCAUGAGCUGCGAGGUGAUGGGCUACCCGGUGCCCAGCGUCGAGUGGCGCGUCGAUCGAGGCAACGGCGUCCAGCAGGCCUUGCCGACCGACGACCCCCGGCUGAGCGUGCAGACUCGGGGUGGCCCCAACAGCUACGAGCUGACCAGCUGGCUGCAGCUGCUGUCUCUGACGGCAGCGGACACGGCCACCUACUGGUGUGUGGCGGCCAACGAGCUCGGAGAGGCCUCGGCCGCCGCAAAGCUCAACGUCAUCCGCUAGCCCUCCGGCCUUCCAAUAAACGCACUUGCUCGCGCGCCGAA